CACGUCCACAUCCUGCUGUUCAGGAUAUGUUGUAUGUUCGUGCUGGGAGCUCAGCUGUGCUUUAGACCUGUGUGUUAUUCUAUAUCAUAGCAUCGCUAAAAUGAUCUUCUCAGUAGUUAUUUUCAUACUUAUUUCUGUUGCGGCAUCAGAAGGUCCUAUAACAAUCCCAACCACUGUUAUGCCAGCUAUAGAGACACAGCAGCCCAACAGUUCAACAGUCCAGUCCACAAACCCUCGAGAUACUUCUGAGUCACAGACCACAACACAACUAAUCAUAGCUCAACAAACAACACAAAUGGAUGUCAAAAACAACACUCAGUCAACCACUUCACAAUCCACCUGGCCCAAGACAUCUGAACUGACAACGUCUGAACUGAAAAUCACCACCGUCAACUCUAGUGAAAUGACAUUUCCAGCAGAACCAAACAGCACAUCCAUUAACACAGCUCUGGGAGACAGAGAAGAACAAGAUUUGGCAGCAAAUCCAGGGCUGGUUGCAGUGCUGUGUAUUUUCUGCAUUGUGGUGGCUGUAGUUGUUGUGGUUGUGAUAGUGAAGGCUUUUCGCUCCAGGAGACCUCAGUUUGAGAGGCUUGAUGAUGUACCUAUGGGCAAGGUAAAUGAGGAAGCACCGUUUGCCCGCUACCCUCCAAAAUAAAGGCCAGUUUCUUAUACGUGCUGUCUCAGUGAACCACGUAGCUAUGCCUCUGAUAUUUCGCUUUUUGGUUUUGAAACGAAAUGUGCCUUUUUAACCUACAGACUUAAUGUGCAAUACAUAGUGUAUUAGUUGUGAUUAUGAUCAUGUGCUUCUUUUUUUCCCCUUAAAAUACCACAGCCAAUGACAAACUUGUAGUCAAAUGAAGAAAUCUAACUUCUUAUGUCCUAUAUUUUUGUAUUGUUCAUGCCAUAUUCUUCUCUUGUAAGCCCUUUUUUGAUUAAAACUAUCUUUUGAAAAAAUCUGCUGAAUGAAUACAUAUAAUUUGAAUGUAAAUGUACAUAAUGAGGAUUGCACUGUCAAUAUUUGUGAGAGACUUUGAUGGGAGUGUGACAUUUUCAGCCUGUCCUCCAGAUGGCGCCAAAAUUGUUCACAAGCAGUUGUACUGUAUGUAUCUUUAACAUUAUUUGAGAACUGAGAGUUGUUUUUGCUCAAAAUAACAAAUACUUUUGGCCUUGGACCACCUCAAAUG